UUUCUACAGUGCAUGAAAUGGAUCGACCAUUUCUCAAUGCAUAUUUUGAUUCUCUUGGAGCUCCUAGUUUUGAGAAGGGUUGCAAUUUCGCUGCAGCUGGAUCGACGGUACUCCCAGCAGCAGCAUCAUCUGUCAGCCCAUUUUCCUUUGGGAUUCAGGUUGCUCAGUUCGAUCGAUUCAAACAGAGGACUCUCGAAUUGCUAACAGAAGGAAAGAAAUUUAAGAAAUAUGUUCCUCAUUCUGAUUUCUUUAGUAAAGGACUGUACAUGUUUGAUAUCGGCCAAAAUGAUCUCGCUGGUGCAUUUUAUUCUCAAUCUGAGGACCAGGUUUUGGCUUCUAGUCCGACAAUUCUGUCAGAGUUUGAGACUGGACUUAAGAAAUUGUAUGAUCAAGGUGCAAGGAAAUUUUGGAUCCAUAAUACCGGUCCCCUUGGUUGCUUACCUCAGAACAUAGCUCUAUUUGGUAAAGAUCCAUCGAAAUUGGAUGAGUUUGGAUGCGUAAGCGCUCACAAUCGGGCUGCUAAGCUUUUCAAUUUACAGCUUCAUGCACUAUGUACAAAGUUACAGGGUGGAUUUGGAGAUGCAAAUAUCACUUACGUCGAUAUCUUCUCUAUAAAAUCUGACCUCAUAGCAAACUACUCUAAAUAUGGAUUUGAGAAUUCUACGGCAGCAUGUUGUGGAUAUGGAGGUCCACCUCUCAAUUAUGACAGUCGAGUUGGUUGUGGGCAAACAAAGAUUUUGAAUGGAAGUUCGGCAACAGCAGAAGAGUGCAGUGAUGCUACUGAGUAUGUUAACUGGGAUGGAAUACAUUAUACAGAGGCUGCAAAUAUGCAUGUUGCAUCGCAAAUACUCACUGGAAAGUACUCUGAUCCUCCAUUCUCAGACAAGAUGCCAUUCCUUCUCAGACUCAAGUUCUAAAAGAUAAUAAUUUUUUCCCCUCUCCCCACUAAUGUAUUACUGAUAAAUGAAUUACUACCAUGUUAUAGGAUCUAUACCCAAUAAUGUAUCACUGAUAGGAAAGUUAAAAACAUAUGGGGGUGAGAACGAAAUUUAAUGAUUAAUAGGUAUGUGCAUGUA